UACUGCCACCGGUUUCCUCGCCCUGGUGAAUCAGUUCGAGGUAUCUCGUUUGAAGCAGGAUGUGGUGGAAAAGGUGCUAAUCAAGCAGCACAAAUUGCACGACUUGGCGGAAGGGUUGUUAUGGUUGGACGGGUCGGAAAUGAUAUAUUUGGCCCGUUGAAUAUUGAGAAUUUGAAUAAAAGUGGUGUAAUAACAAAUUUUAUUGACCAAAGUGAAACUGUUGGUACGGCAACCGCUACAAUAACCGUUAGCGAUGAAGGUGAAAAUUUAGUGGUGGUUACGUUGGGAGCAAAUUUAGAAACUCCACCGUCACGCGCUGAUGAAUUGGAGCAUGUUAUUGCUAAUUCUAAAAUGAUUCUAUGUCAAUAUGAAAUCGAACAUGCAACAAUCAAACGUGCAUUUGAAGUAGCUAAACGAAAUAAUGUAAAAACAUUCUUCAACUUUGCACCGGAUAAAGAUGAUUUCGAUUUCGAAAUUCUUCAGCUUGUUGAUGUUCUUUGUACAAAUGAGAAAGAGACUGAAUUUUUGUCUCGGAUGACCAUAAACAGCGUAGACGAUGCAGUAAGUGCGGCACGAUCUAUGCUUAGAUUUGGACCAACAGCUGUAAUUGCAACGUUGGGAGCCCGAGGAGCUGUUGUGGUUACUAGAUCUGGCCUAUGUGUGCAUAUAAGUGUACCGCCAGUUAAGGCAGUUGAUAGCACGGGGGCUGGAGACUCGUUCUGUGGCUCACUAGCUUAUUUGAUGACGUCAAAACCAAGACUAUCUUUGGAGGAGCAAGUUAGGAGGGCUGCACUUAUUGCAUCAAUAAGUGUGCAACGCAAAGGAACUCAGUCAUCUUAUCCAUGGGCACAUGAUUUACCCGAAGACUUCUUGAACUAA